AUGUCACGGUUGAAUGUUCCGACCGUGACCGUGACAUACGCGUGCUUUAUACAUACGCAAUACUCACACAGCCCCAUCAACAAAUUCACAGUUACUCACCGCGGCACCGCUCACCGCCUCUCAUUCCUCCCUGACACCACCCUCGCCGUCCUGCAAGCCCACCUCGAGGAGCUCACCUCUGUCCCGCCCGCGCACCAGAAGCUCCUGUACAAGGGGAAGAACGCACGCGCAGCCGACGAUGCCACGAUACUCGAUGCUGGGUUGCGCUAUGGCGUGAAGGUGCAGCUGCUCGGCUCGACAGUGCAGGAGAUCGGUGGGCUGCGCGCAGCGGAGGACGAGCACCAGCGCCGGGAGCGCAUACUGCGCGAACGCGCGGCGAAGGGCCCAACACGAUUGCGCUCGACAGGCCCCAGCGUCCCCUCCAUGGGUGCGCAGUACCGUUUCCACAGCAUCGAGCCACUUGCGCACCUCCCCGAUCCUGCUGCGGCGCGCGCACUGCUCUCGCGGCUAGCGAGCGACCCCGCGAUCCUGCACGUUAUGCAGAACCACCAGUUUUCUGUACCGCUGCUGACUGAGCUGGCUCCGCAUGAACACCCAGACAAGCUUGGUAUCAACAUCUCGCCCAUGCAUAUCAUCAAGCUACGGCUACGCACAGAUACGUAUGACGGCUUCCGAGCCUACAGAGAGAUCCGGAAGGUGCUGUGCCACGAGCUUGCACACAUUGUACACAAGAAUCACGAGGUUGGGUUCAAAGAGCUGAACUCUCAGCUGAGCCGCGAAAUUGUGGACUUUGAGCGUGCUGCUGCCGAAGGAACUCACAGUCUAGGUGACGAGGCUUAUACCUCAUCGUCCUACCUAGAGGCGGAAGCACAAGCAUAUUUAGCGUCGGAAGGUCCCCAUAUACUAGGAGGAUCAUCAGAAUAUCCAGGAGACGAAUCAAGGGAGCGGCGGCGGCGCCGAGUACUGCAGGCGGCCAUCAUCCGUUUGCGCAAAGAAGAGGAGGAGCUUGAGCGGCAGUGCGGUACAACUGAACCGUCGACAUAA